CACUUGCGUUAUCUUAAUGAGAGAGAAUCCCAUUAGUGGGGGACCAGAAGAAUCGAAAAGCUUUAUGACAUCACAAUCCACCAUCACCCAGCAACCUAGGCAGCUGUCAGUCAACGGUGGGUACGGAGGGAGAGUUUAAAAAGAGCACCUCGGGUAUUGGAGCUUCCAGAACCGUCGACUGGCAAGACGCAAUUGAAGAGCGGACCGGAUCAGAGUUUGAGAUGAGACUGUGUGAGUUUCAGUGCUACUUGGUCCUGUUGGGUCUGUCUGUGCUAUGUGAGCGUGGCACCGAUGCCCAGCUGGAACCAGACAUAAAUCUUCGCCAUCACAGACUCCUGCAGAGGGCACGAGCCAUUGGAUUGGCCACACAGGACUGGACAAGAAAAGAUUUGGAGGAACUUCUGUCUGCUCUGUCUGUGCCUGAGAUGGAGGUUCGUGAGAAUGAUGUCUCCCCAGCGGGCGCAAAUGAGGAUCUGCGUAUGGAGCUGGAGCGUUCUGCAGAGAACACAAACGCCCUCCCGCCUCGCGAACGCAAAGCAGGAUGCAAAAACUUCUACUGGAAAGGCUUUACUUCCUGCUGAGGCCAUAAUUCACAUCAGAUAACGAUUAACUCGCUCUCAAAUCUUUAUGCUAAACCAUAGUGGUCAAAUCUGUGAGUUGAUUGUAAGUUAAUAAAAUAUACAAUAAUG